AAUAUAGAAUUCUGUGAUAGUACAGACAUAAUAGAAUUAUAUUGUAUGUUUUUGUGUUAUAGUAACACAUAGAGUAACCAUGAAUCGUCGAGAUGCCCCGAAUUAAGAUAAUAUAAUAAGAUAAUAAUUGCACUCCAUAUUAAUUUCCAUCAUCAUUGACAGGUUUACCAACUGUAAAUUGUCCCUUAUCAUUGUAUUAUUUAUUUUACAUAUAACAAAUACCCAUGGCAUCGCGUCUAUCCAACGAGUUGUUUGAUAUUAUGAUAUUUUUGAUUUUGAUAUUUUAAUUACACUUUAAAGUUUAAGUUGUACACAAUUCUUAUAAUAUUAAAAUAAAAUAUUAGCUGUUAAACUUCUAUUUUUAUUAUGAUACCUAUGGGACCGAGCUCACAAAUGGGCGGCCCUCCUCUUGGGCAAAGUAUGCAACCAGCCAGAGACCGAGAAAAAUCGUCCAGUAAUGUGGUAUAAUAUUUAUGUCUAAAUUAAUCAAUUUGUUAAUAUUUCUUCCUAAUUUUAAUUUAAUUUUUGUUAUUGAUAACUUUAGAAGCCCAAUUAUUCAUUGAAAUUUACAUUGGCUGGUCAUACAAAAGCUGUAUCUUCUGUAAAAUUCAGUCCUAAUGGCGAAUGGCUCGCAAGUUCAUGUAAGUUAUUUUCAAAAUCUGAUAUUUCAUUAUAUAAUACCUAGUAAAAUGUUAACAAAGUAUUUUAUUACUAUGUUCUUAUUUUUAUUUUUGUAUAAAUAAACUAAAUUAUUAAGAUUAGGCAAGUGAUGUGAUUGGAAUUGAUAUUUAAUAUUGAUUUUUAUUUAUAUUUUCCCAUUAUUAUUGUAUUGAGCACUUCAAUAUUUAUUUUCAAUAUAAAAAACAUUUAACAUAUUAUACAUAGGUAUUUUAGUAAUUUGUAAUUAUUAUGUCAGCAAUUAAUUUGUUUCUUUUUAUAAUGUUAAAUUAUACCAAUGAAUUGAAAAUUAAACAUGGUAAUUCUUUGAAAAUACAUUUUAUAACUACACAAAAUGAUUUAAAAUGACCAAAUAUUAUAGUAUUUAGGUUUUAAGAAAAUAACAGAAGUUAAAACAAAUAUAUUAUCAAUUGAAAGAAGUUGUUAUACGUCUAUUUAAUUUGUUUUAUAGGCUACAAAUAGGUUAGGUUAAAAAAUAAAAUUAAUUAAUUAAAAAGACCUACUAUAUUUAAAAAACUGAUGUUAAAAUUAAAAAAACCAAAUGGUUCUAAUUUUGUUUCCAUAUUUGCAUAAUCCAGAACUUCAGUGAUCAAUAACUUAAUAAUUUGUUGUUGGCUCAAUAAAAUACAUUUCCAAAAUCUGAAUCAGUAAUUAAAAUUUAUUAUAUAAUUUAUAUUAGAAGAAUUUCUUUUAAAUACAUAAAAUUACAUCAAUAAAUUGUUUUGUACAUUUUUAUUUUAAAUAUUUUAUUUAGCUGCUGAUAAAUUAAUUAAGAUUUGGGGAGCUUAUGAUGGCAAGUUUGAAAAAUCUAUUGCGGGGCACAAAUUAGGCAUCAGUGAUGUCAGUUGGUCUUCAGACAGUCGUCUUUUAGUGUCUGCGUCUGAUGAUAAAACUUUAAAAGUUUGGGAAUUAAGUUCAGUAAGUAUUUAUUGUUAUUGUUAAUUUACAAUAUAUUAUAUUUGUAUAAUGUAAUUAAUAACAUAAUAUGUAUUUUGUUAUAUGUGUAUAGAAAAAAUGGAGUCUUAAUUUUAACUUAAGUUUUGCCAUUAAGUAAUCUUAAUAAAAAUGUAUAAUUUAUUUUAUUAACCAUAUAACAAGUAAUUUAUUUAUCUGGUAUCAACCUAGAUUAAUAUAGGUACCUAACCUAUCUACCUACUACCUAUUUCUAUUUUCUCAUAUUUGACCAUAUUUAAUAGAUAAUUCAGACUAUUUUAGCAUUUAUUGAAGUCAACAUUUUAUAAAUAGCCUACUAAUAAAUUAAAAUUGGUAUUAUUCAGUAUUUUUAUAUUUUUGUUAGAAAAUAUUUAAAAUUAACAUAUAUAUUUUUAAAUUAUUAUUAUAAGUAUUAUUUAUUUCAGUCAAAAUGUGUCAAGACACUUAAAGGCCACAGUAAUUAUGUGUUUUGCUGUAAUUUUAACCCUCAAUCAAAUCUUAUAGCUUCUGGAUCAGUAAGUUUACACAAAGUUAUACAAAAUUUGUUUACAUCAAGUAACAACAUGUAAUGUUAUUAGUUUGAUGAAAGUGUACGAAUUUGGGAAGUAAAAAGUGGAAAAUGUCUUAAAACAUUACCUGCACAUUCAGAUCCAGUUAGUGCUGUUCAUUUUAAUAGAGAUGGCUCACUUGUAGUGUCUAGUAGUUAUGAUGGUUUAUGGUAAUAAUUUUUUGAAUUUUGUGUAGCUUUGUAAAAAUUUAAAACUGUUUUUUAUUUAGUCGUAUUUGGGAUACUGCUAGUGGUCAAUGUUUAAAAACACUUAUUGAUGAUGAUAAUCCUCCUGUUUCAUUUGUAAAAUUCUCACCUAAUGGCAAAUACAUUUUAGCAGCUACUUUGGAUAAUACUCUAAAACUAUGGGAUUAUACAAAAGGAAAAUGUUUAAAAACUUAUGUUGGCCAUAAAAAUGAAAAAUAUUGUAUAUUUGCAAAUUUUUCAGUGACAGGAGGAAAGGUAUGUGAUACAAGUGAUUUUAUGUGGUAGAAAUUAUUAUACUAAAAUUAUAGAUUACAAUCAAUUAAUUUAUUUUAUUAUAGUGGAUAGUUUCUGGUUCUGAAGACAACAUGGUUUAUAUUUGGAAUUUGCAAUCCAAAGAAAUUGUGCAAAAAUUACAAGGACAUACUGGUAAAUUUAAUUUAUAAUAAUUUCUGUAUAAAUUAUUUAUGAUUGUUAAAUUUAUUUUUUAGAUGUGGUUUUGUGUACAUCGUGCCAUCCAACAGCAAAUAUAAUUGCAUCAGCGGCAUUAGAAAAUGAUAAAACAAUAAAACUAUGGAAAAGUGAUACUUGAAGAUAAAUAAAUUAGGUAGUAAAUCAUAUUCUCAUAUCCUAAUCAUUUUUCCCCUUGUAUAUAUAUUUAUAUAUUUUUUUUUUUGCUCAAAGUCCAACAAUUUUCUCACAGCUACAAGUGGCUAUAAUAUUACUGCUAUAAAUAAUUAAAAUAGAUAUAUAUAUAUAUAUAUAUAUAUAGAUAUAGAUAAACAUUUUAUUAAUCAAUUGUAUUAUUUUUCUCUUUUCAAUAAUAUUAUACAUAAUUUAAAGCCAUCAAUAAUCCAGUCUGAUUAAUUGGGUAUCGUACAAAAUAUAUUUGCAUUAUAGGUAUGAUUAAAAAUCAUACAACUCAAAGACUAACUAUAAUUAUAUGACAUACAAAAUAUUCAUAGUAUUAUGAAUCAUCUUUUAGUGUUAAUUAUUGUAAUUAAUUUUAAUUUAAGUUUGUAUAGACUGAUGAUAAACAAUUUAUUUACUGUCAAUAAUUAAAAAGUUAUUCAAAUUUAAAUUGAAUCAAAUUUUUCUACAUCUUUUUACAAAAAUUUCAAAAUUAAAAUCAGUCUUUGUAAAUCUUAAACAACUGUAUUUUUUCAUUUAAAAUAUUUAAUAUUUGUAUAAAGUUAUGAGUGAUUUUUUAAAGUUUUUAUUUGAGACUUAUUAAAUAAAAAAUGUUUACUUGUGUAUUACACAGUAAAUUAUUUUUCAGAAUCAAAAUUGAAACAUAAUUCUUGUGAUUAUAUUAUAUUUUUAUUAUACAAUUAAAUAAUAAUGGAUAAUGAUUCUUGUAUUAACAAAUAAUUGUAUGUGUAAGCCACACCCACAUCUACUGUCCCAAUCUAACUUACAAACAACAAAGCAAAAUUAAGCUACUUAGAAUGUAAAUUGUGACAUUUAAUAUUAAAAUACAAUUUUGGACAAAUAUAACAAAAUUUAAAAGUACUAUAUUUUCAAGGCCUGUAAUGAGUCUUUUUCUAAAAAAUAAUACUAACUUGUUAGCUAUUAUUAAAAAAAAAAAAAAAAAAACAUGGCCAUAACUAUUGUAUGAUGUAUUUUUUUAUAUAAAAAAACUACUGACGGUCUUUCAAAAUAUUAUUCUUUUUAAAUUUCUUAUCAUAAUUAAAAAGAAAAAUAUGGCAUCAUAAAAGUAAAAAGUGUUACAAGACCUGCCAUAACUGAAUGGGUUAAAGUAUUAGUUAAUAUUAAUAUAUAAUUUAUGGUAUCUAUUAUUAAGUUCAAUAAAAUAACAUUUUAAAUUUUAUUAAUAACAAAAAAUGACAUUUGUUAAUAUAUGUUAUAAAAUAAUUCAAUAAGUAUUUUAUUUAUAUAUACAUAUAUAUAUAUAUAUAUAUGUGUUCAUUAAAAAUGGA